AUGGCUUGUUUCCUUACCAAAUUGCGUCGUCCUUCAUCUGGAUUACGCAACAACGAUUGCGGUACGUCGUCAUCGUGUUGCUCUACUUCCGAACUGACUGCGUCCGACCAAUGCCUCGGAGCGGAAGAUCAUACCAGUGAUGAUAUAGUAAGUGAUCAUCCUGAUUCUCCGACGACACCUACUACCCCUUUUGGCAUUCACGUUAAUAGUUCAUUUGGAGAACCUCAUAUAUCUUCUUAUUCCCCCUGGUUAACAGCAACGAUGCCUACAAUAUAUGAAAAUUCCUUCCCGCAAAAAAUUUAUACUUUCACCUCUCAUAACAAACAGAAACUUCCUUCUUCAUAUAAUAAUAACUUGAACGUUCAAAAAAUUGAUUCGCAGAAGCAAUCAUCACCUUUUCUCAUACAAUCAUCACCUUUUCUCAUACAAUCAUCACCUCCCUUAAAAUCAUCACCUUCCAUUUUACAAUCAUCACAUUCCUUUUCCGUCUCUUCUCGUUCGGACGACCUGGAAGAAACGAGUGAUAAUCUUAUCAAGGACGAAGCAAAAUUCUCAAAUGAUGACCAUGACGAUGACACGUGUGAGGAUAACAAGGGAAAUAAUCAAAGGAAAACAAAAGAAGAUAUCAUCUUAAAAUUGAAGUUACCCGUCAACGGUAUCGCCACUCGCACACGUAGUAAAAAAACGAUACCAAGUCAGGAUCCUCCUUCAAAGAAGAAACAUCAAAAGCAUCAAAAGCUGCAUCAAAAGCUGCAUCAAAGGCAUCAAAGGCAUCAGAAACUACCGAGGCAUCCAUUGACGGAGGAGGAAAAGGUUUUGUUAAAAUAUUCAAACAAGGUGGCAGAGAUCCCUUCAUUUUCAAGAAAGGUGACCUUACCUUCUGAAAAUAUUCCCGAGGAAACUUUCCUACCGAAAUCGAAUAAUCCAAAUUAUCCCAUACCAAAAUCGAAAGGACAGGUUUUAUCUGGUUGGACUUAUCAAGAGCAAAAAAAUUUUUUGGCUUUAUAUUUAUCAGAGGGGAAAAAUUUCGGUCUUAUCGCCAGAUUGUUGAAAAAACCAAUUAAACAAGUUGUUGAAUUUUAUUAUUAUUUUAAAAUGUCUACCAGGUUUAGAUUCGCAAAAUCUCUUAAAAAAGAAUUGAUUUCUUAUUCUUCUAAACUGGAUCAAAUUGAUAAUACUAUAACUAAAUUAAAACAAUUACCCUCGGGGUAG